UCAAGUGGGCUCGGAGGCGCGCCGCGCGAGCCCGCGCGGCGCGCCUCCGAGCCGUCCAUGGGGAAGAAGGCCCCCGACUCUGGCAGGCAGGAGGACAAGCCUGCGGAGGAACCCACGCCGCAGAAGGCGGCCUCGGCGGCGGAGACCAAGAACAGUGCGAAGAAAAUGGCGAAGGCAGACGAGGAGCUCUCUACGAGUGCUCUGUCCAGGAUGCUGCAGCAGCGACGGCGGCGGCCAAUAUUCUUCGUCGUCCACUUUGUCGUUUGCGCCUGGCUGCUAUUCGUCUCUGGCUAUAGCGCUUGCGACGUGAAGACCUCCAAGAGGGAGGACUGCGGUUAUGGCGGCAUCAGCACCGGCGAGUGUUUGUCGAUAGCAUGCUUUAUAAAAGAUGGGGCUAAAUUUGAGAAGUCGGUCAAGUUAGAAAAAGGCGCAGGCCUCGGCUUGAGCGUCGCUGAGAACACGGACUCUAGCGAGCUGACGGUCACGGCGGUCACGGGCGCGGCGGCUGAAGAAAACCUUGGUGGAAACCGUAUCAUCGUUGGAGACGGCAUCACGAAGGUGGGAAAGGAGACGAAGCUCAAGAUGAUGAAAAAGGCUCUGACGGAGACGGGACAGGCGCAGACUCUGAGAAUUAAGCGGUCAAAGUUGCCUUCGUAUCUGAGGUGGAUCAGCUUAGGUGGCAAGUACACGAGUUAUAUAGAAUUGGCGUUGGCUUCUCGAUGGUCCCGAUCAUUCUCUUACAUUGGCGGUUGCGGCUUUGUGUGUUGGGCGCUUUCUGGAUAUCCGCCAACCUCACUGCCAUUGUACUACUUUGGCUUGUCUGGAGCCACAUCUUUCGCGUUGCACAGGUGUUGCUACGAUGAUCAGGUCGAAGGUGGCAUUCCCCACUGCUACAAGGGCAAGUCUUUGAAUGUUGAGGAUGCUGUCGUUGAGGCUUGGACUAAGACCAACAAAACUGUGACCAAAUUGUACAAGGACGUCGCAAAGGACCCAGUGAAAUACUUCAAGGCAUUCAUUCCAAAGUUUUGAGAUGUGGUAUACCUGGUGCUGGUUGGCAGUGGCAGAAGACACGGAGGCCAGCGCCGUGUCCCCAUGGUUCGCUGAACAGCUUGUCUGCGAGGGUCAUGUAUAUGCGACUCACGGAGGGAGGUGGGGGGAAAACCCCCUCCCCCUCCUUCCUCCCCCC